ACCACAACAAGAGCUUGGCCCGCCUUCGUCGACGUCUUCCUCGCCUUUUCCUCCAGCCGGGACGAGCCAGCGGAGGGGAGCGACUCGCGGGGUGGGGGUUGCCCAGAAGGCAAGGCGUCCCUGAGACUGGAAAAGGUUCCCACCCCUGCCCUUACAUCAUGCAGCUCACCUGAUUAAAGCAGUGUACUAGUUCAGUGGGUAGCAACCUCUUCUUGCUGAAACUUUUGAAAAUUGUCAGUGGGUGUGACUAUACCAGUGAGAUGCCCAAGGGCAGGACUUCUGCUUCAUUUGGCCCUCCUCUGCUAGGCCUGCCAUGACCGCAUUCUUCACCAGCGUCCCCAACUGGAUUCAAGAUGCAAAGCAGGAGGAGGAGGAGACGGGCUGGAAACUAGUCCCCCGCCCCAAGGGCCGAGAAAGCGAGAGCCAAGGGAAAUGCCAGCACGAACCGUCAGGAGCCUCCUUCCCCAGUGUGGAUAAGCUGAGAGCAAACCCAGAGCAGAGACCGUACGGCUGCCCUCAAGUGCACUGUGGCAAGGCCUUUGCUUCCAAGUACAAGCUCUACAGGCACUUGGCCACCCAUUCUGCCCAGAAGCCCCACCAAUGCAUGUACUGUGAGAAGAUGUUCCACCGCAAGGACCACCUUCGCAACCACCUGCAGACACAUGACCCCAACAAAGAAGCUCUCCACUGCCCAGAGUGUGGCAAGAACUACAACACCAAGCUCGGCUACCGGCGCCACCUGGCCAUGCAUGCUGCCGCCAGUGGCGAUCUCAGCUGCAAAGUGUGCUUGCAGAUGUUUGAGAGCACCCAAGUCCUGCUGGAGCACCUCAAGGCCCACUCCCGGAGGCCCUCGGGCAGCGUGAAGGAGAAGAAGCACCCGUGCGACCACUGCGACCGCCGCUUCUACACUCGCAAAGAUGUGAGGAGGCACCUGGUCGUACACACGGGCCGGAAGGACUUCCUGUGCCAGUACUGCGCCCAGAGAUUUGGCCGCAAAGACCACCUGACCAGACACAUGAAGAAGAGCCACUCCCAAGAACUGCUGAAGAUCAAGACGGAGCCAGUGGACAUGCUAGGCCUGCUCAGCUGCAGCUCAGCCGUUGCAGUGAAAGAGGAACUGAGCCCCGUCUUGUGCAUGGCAUCCCGGGAUGUGAUGAACAGUAAGAGCUUCCCUGGGAUGCUGCCAAUGGGCAUGUAUGGGGCACAUGUCCCCACCAUGCCCAGCUCAGGAAUGCCCCAUUCUUUAGUCCCCAACCCUCUGCCAAUGGGAAUGAGCUACCCCCUGGAGUCGUCCUCCCCACCACAACCUCCCCCAAAGUACCAGCUUGGAUCUACCUCAUACUUGCCUGACAAGCUCCCCAAAACAGAGGUGGACAGCUGUUUGGCAGAGCUCCCUGGAGGCCUGUCCCUGGUGCCUGGUGAGCCAUCCUCGUCCUCUCCUCAGCCUAUCACCCUGGAGGAGACUCUGCUCUCCAAGAGCCCCGCUCUGCUUUCUGAGGCUCUCUGUGCUGCUAACAUGGACUUCUCCCAUCUCCUGGGCUUCCUCCCCUUGAACCUCCCGUCAUGCAACCCUCCCGUGUCCUCGGCGGGUCUGGUCAUGGGCUAUUCACAGGGAGAGACCCAGUCACUCCUCAGCACUUUGCCACCCCAAGAGGCGCCAGGAGCUGCGACCUCCCUUGGCUUCGGAGCACUUCACUCGCUGCCCUCCAUGUUCUCUCCUGGCUUGGGUGCAACCACCUUGCCACGUUUUCACCAAGCGUUCCAGUGAGGCAGCCGGGGAAAGAACGGGACUUCCCUUCGGCGUGUGGAUUGGGUACGGCAAAGGUGCCCGGAUUUGUUCUCCUUCCUACCGUAGUCUGGGAAGGCUUGAGGGGAGGAGUGCCUGCGUGGACUGGAACUGCCACGCGGACUUUGAUGCGCGCCUCAGUCCCAGACAGUGUGUAGGCUGCUGCAAAUAGAAAUUCAGGUAUUUCCCCAACCUUGUUUGUUUGGUAAAUCAGGCAUCACACUGACCUUCCUUGGGGCUUCCGUCCUCAUUCCACUUUAGGAGGUGAUUGAAUCGGGGGUCUGCCUCACGUUAGGGCACAACAUUUCUUCUGCAUUUCAGCGCCU